AUGGAGAAGAAAGACAACAUCCUGAGAGAGGCAGGGACCUUGGAGCGGAUCUAUAACGCCAAUCAUUACUCUGGAUUCUACCCAUGUUUCUGCCUUUCAGCGCUGUACAAGCUCCAAGAUGGACUUGAAUUGUCAUCUUCGGAGUGGGAACAGCUGAUGGUGUCUGCCAUUUCAUCGUUUGUUCUGAACCACGGCGCGCUUUGCAGUGGUGUGGUAGGAGAGGACGGCCAACAUCCCACUUUUGUUCGUCUCGAGUCGCUGGACCUGGACCAAUUGAUAGAAUUCUCAACAGUCGACACAAAUGAGAAUCUUGAGUCUGCUCUUCUCCAGACGCUGGAUGGUCUGCAUUCGAAGAAAUGGACUCGUUUGCAUGAGAUGCCCGGAUGGAAGGUGAUAUUGCUGGGCCACGCCGGGCACACGAAUCAGGUAUUUGUGAUUUUGGCCGCUCACCAUGCUUUCAUGGACGGUCAGGGCGGAAUGGUCUUCCAUCGAGAACUUCUCCGUGCAUUGAAUUCAGAGAAAAAGAUUAAUUUCUUCAAAAACGCGCCCGUUCAAGAAUCUCUCGUGAAAGUUCCUCCCUCAGUGAAGUUGCCGCCUCCGGUAGAGGAUCUGAUGGGAAUACCCACGACUUGGGGAUUCCACGCUCACAACCUUUGGGGUGCAAUUCGUCCUGCUUGGCUUCGCAAUCCUUUCGCCGAGAACCCAUGGACAGGCAACCCAGUCACCCAGGACUGCGUUUCCAAUUAUCAAAGUCGAACUCGUCUCAGCCGGAUCGAACAGUCAGACCUGCAGCGUUUGCUGACUCGAUGCAAAGAGAAUCAUAUCACUCCCACGAGUCUUUUCCAAGCGAUAGCCGUCGCGGUCUUAGCCAAGCUAGUUCCCCCACACAGUUUUUUCGGCCAUUCCCCAUAUUCACUCAGGAAGUGGACCGGAAGUGACCCCGUCAAGGAUAUCGUGAAUCAGACAGGUGAUAGCGGCUGUCUCUACCAGAAGACCUGGAUCUCGGCGUUUAAAAACUCGAGUGGAAACAAAAGCGACGAAACUGCUCUCUUAUGGAAGAUUGCGAAAUUUCAUCGCGAACAGUUGACCAAGGAACUUGCUCAAGUGCCGGUCAACAAUGGACUGGCGACUCUAGGGCGGUACACUGAUCGCCACGCUGCGAAUGCAAAAUGCAUUGGCCAGGUGCGCCCGCUCACGUUUGAGGUAUCCAACCUCGGCCGAAUCGACCUGGAACAGACGGGAGAGGCACCUAAUCAAUCUACUGAGAAUACGCCUUCGCCACAGAAACACAUGCGCGUAUCACGCAUGACAUUCACUCAGAGCGCGAUGGUCAAUUGUGCACCACUGACGCUUAGUAUUGUGAGUAUGUCGGAUGGACUUGCGGUUUCGACUUCGUGGCAGCCUGAAGCUUUGGAUGAGACCAUCGCGGAGAGAUUCUGCGAAGGUAUUUCGGACUGGCUGGCUUAUUUGGGUAGUGAAUCAUGA